GUGCGUAAGUGACCUUCAAGUGCUCAGCCUCUCCAUAAGCCAUUUGUGCCGCUAUCCUCUAUCUUUGAUUAACUUGCCCAGCUGGAUACUUGUCAGGUAUUGUUAAGGUACGUAGUUACCUUUUUUAUCCCGUCUAUCUUAAGUUCUAUCGUUCUGUGGCAUUCACUCAAGGGUUUCAAGCGUGAUCAGCUUGAGUACGUAUUUAAUUGUGUAAGUCUUCAGAUCCAAUACUACAGUUUCAAGGAACUGCACUUAAAAGGUAUGAAUUAAUUGAGAAUUUUUAACUACAUUGUCCGCGUGGAUGGGUGCCAGUUGAUAAUACGGAAGAAUACAGACAGGGCGUUUUAUGCUCUGGAAUGCAAACGCUGCAUCAUGAGUUUAUUUCGAAUGCUGUCCAAAGUUGUCAAAAUGCAGUCUGGAUUCUUGCUAGUUGGUCCUUUCAGGAAAUGAGAUUGGUUCAAGAUUUUUCUCGCUGUUUUCUACCUACUUUUUGUGUUACUGGUGCAUUAAAAGCAGGAUUAAACUCUUUCAAUCAAUAUGUCUCUUUAAAUCUCUCUUCGUUAACACAGUAGUUGCAUUUUUUCUUUUUUAGCAUAAUUUGGUUUAGGGUGUAAAUAAGGAACAGUGUUUCUCACUAUUAGAUAUCCUAAAUUAAAGUAUUUGCAGCUGUAUGUACAUUACUACUGGUUUCCAUGCAUUGUAAGCAAGUGACAGUCUUGUGUUUUGUCCUUUAACAUAUUCUUUAAAAUAGCAGUGUCGUUUUGUAGUUUAGUUAUGGGAGUACGUGAUCUUGGUUGUUAUAUUUGUACAAAAGCGUACAUCUACGCACUGGUUGGAUCUAGUGGGAUAGAUUUAGAUUCUCCAAAGAACCUGAUUGUAAAACCUGGUUGUAGUGCAUUUAUAAGAUUGAAAUAGCAUAAGUAACUGUUUUACUGUCAGAAUUAAGCUUUUAUGCAAACAUUACUAAGAACAGUCAAGGUAUUUUUGUUUGAACUUCAAUUAUUAUCAUAAAUUCUCAUUAAGAUAGUCCCUUGAUAUUGUUUACUUAGUUCAUGUCUUCUUGCGCAGCCAUUUUGAUCUCAUUAUUAAAUUAUCGUUUUCAGAUUUUUAUUCCAUAUCUACUGAGUUGCUGUGUUGUUCCAGACUCCUAUUCGGGACGGAUCUACCCGUCAUAUAAGGGUAGCUGUAUCAGGCUUCGGGUGAAUGGCAAAAGGUCGCCGUUCUUCUGACUCUGACUCGGAUAGUGAUGGUGACGUAGAGUGGUUGCAGUCACGCCAGAAACAAAACCCGAUUCUGUGUAAUGAAAAUAUGCACCACGCAUUGGUAACUGGGAUCGAGGAAGGGGAGAUAUCUAGUGAUGAUCUUGACGAGGAUGAAGAUGAUGGUUUAGAUGACAAUUUGAUUGGUGGUGAAGAUGACAAACGGAGGCUGGCCAAAAUGAGUGAGAAAGAAAGAGAAGAGGAACUAUUUAAGCGGGCUGAAAGACGGGAUGCUAUACGUGCACGAAGAGCUGUAAAACAAAAGCUGAGGGAGAAAAAAGAAAAAGAAAGGGCUCAGAGAGCGGCUUCGUUAUCUAAGCAAGCUGCUGCAGAUAUGAACAAAUCAAAGAAAUCUACUUACCAUAAUGUUUUCUCAGACAGUGACGAUGCAGGCAAUAGCGAUUCAAGUGGCGGUUUUGGGCCAAAGGGCUUGAGACAACGCAAAAUCGCUUUAGAAAAAAAGAAGGUUGAACACAGCGGUAAAUUCCAAGAACUAAUUGAACAUCGGAAGCGGAUGGCUGCAAAAAAGCGUCGUACCCAUUCAGGGGAGAGAGAUAGGUCUGGCCAAAACAGUGCAGAGAGUUCAUCAGACACUGACGGUGACAGCCCACAAGCACGUACGGGAGCUGGAAAGAAACACCAAUCCAUGUCGCAGCGUGUAUUUUCUUCAGGCGCAUCAGACUCUUCUGAUUCAAGCCGAGCUGGUUCCCGUCCUGUAACUAGGCGUCCAAGCUUCUCAAGUUUUUCAGGCUCGCAGAGAUCGGGUUCAUCAAGUGAAGAUGACGCCCGAGGUAGAAGUCGUUCGCCUGAAGAAGAGUUAGUAUCUUCUUUAGAACAUCUUUCCCGUAUUCGACUGUCUCGUUUCAAAAUGGAAAAAUGGGUUCACAUGCCAUUUUUCGAUAACUUGGUCAAAGGAUGUUUUGUGCGUAUCAAUAUAGGAUUACAUCAGGGAGUACCAGUUUAUCGUUGUGCUGAAAUUGUUGAUGUUGUAGAGACUCCAAAAAUAUAUGAUCUUGGUUCUACUCGGACCAACAAAGGUAUUGUUGUUCGUGUGGGUAAAGAUCAAAGUACAUUUCGUUUGGCAUUUAUUUCAAAUUCUGAAUUUCAACAAGAUGAGUUCGAUAGUUGGAUGAGACGUUUACAGCUUGCAAAUAUGAAACCUCCAACGUUAAAUUUUGUUCGUGACAAAGCUGCUGAGAUUACUGAAGCAAUUAAUCGACCUAUUCGAGAUGAACGAGUUGUUGAACAGAUUAUACAGUCAAAACGUCGGUUUCAAAAAGCUCCAACAAAUUUUGCUCUUCGUAAAGCUGAAUUAAUUAAACAAAGAGAACAAGCAGAAGCUGACGGGGAUACAGAAUUAUUAAAGCAUCUAGAUAUUGAAAUAGAAGAAAUUGAAUCCCAGGCUGAACGUAUUGAAAGACGUCGAACUUCAGGUUUUAAAUCGAUUACAUCCAUUAAUCAACGUAAUCGUGCUCUUAGUGUACGACAAGCUGAAGAAGCAAUUCGUCAAGAAAGUGAAGAAGCAAUGAAAUCAAAAGAAGAGGAUCCAUUCACACGAGUACAUUCUCAACCAGUAAUUGUAACAAAGAAGUAUUUAGAGAAUUUACGCCAUAAAAGGCUCGGUGUUUCACAACCUGAUUCCUCUAGAACUUCGUGUGAUUUAAAUCAAAGUAUUCCACCGCUUCCACCAACUCCAAAAUCAGAUUUAAGCCUUUCAUCUAAAUCUUCAUUGUUAAACACACCAGUGGGAAGUAGUAGUGUAUUAACUGAAGCACCGGAUUCUGUUUGUUGGUCAGUGGGAGAUGAUAACAGCAAUUUAUCUACACCACACGAUUCUCUGCAUGCAAUACAUAAUUUUGAAAUUAAUAUUGACUUGGAUUUAGACAGUAAUGCUGAUCAACCGAAUUCUAGUAGCAGGACAACAGCUUCAACUAAUGCUGAUGUUCGACAUUCUACUAGUCCAAGACCACGUGGUACUGCUAAUUCUUCUAAUAAUCAUGAUUUUAUAAAUGGCAGUCCGCAGACACCAAUAAUGAAUGGUCCAUCGGGAAAACCAAAUCGUCGGCUGUUAAACUUACAAGAAUACAAAAAACGUCAUGGUUUGAUUUGACCAACAUUAUUAAUAUUAUUAUUAAUAUUAUUAUUAUGAUUAAUGCUAUUAUUUAGUAUAGAUAUGUUAACAUACUGCUUUUAAAAAAGAAUCCUAAUUGUCUUUUUCUUUCUUUCUUACCUCUCUUUGUUUUUUUCUUUCUAUGUGACUUUUGCUUAAUAUUAAAAUUUUGAUUGUUUGUUUUGUAUGACUUCUAUGUUGCAUGCCUGCAUGCCCUGCCUACCUGUGUAAUGUAUAUAGGCGCUUAUGGUCAGAAUACCUUGUCUAUAAUUUUAACUUUUCCUUCUUUUUUUUUUAAAUGUACAUAAGAGAGAAAGUUAAUCAUGAAUAUCUUUUGUUCUUCUUCGUCUUGACAUGCCAGUGAGUGUGUGUGUAUC